AUGUCUUCGUUCUCGUUCUUGAGUCUGCCCCCCGAGCUUCGUCAUAUGAUCUACAAAUACUACUACACUACUGCCGAGGGCUAUUUCCUCCAGCCAGCUUCCCGGAAGCUCGCUGUCGCUAAUGGCAAACCAAUUGACCUCGCCCUGACGUAUACCUGCCGCUUGGUAGCUCAAGAGACCGAAGGCCUACCUCUAUCAUUGAAUAGCAUUACCGUCUCCACAGUCUACGAUCCCGAAUUGCGUCCUUGGGCUGGCCGCUUCGACUACCUUCUCUUUGCCCAGUUUCGGAAACAGAUCAGGCUUGUUCUCGUCUUAGGCGACUGGUUUCUCACUGAAGAAAUGUGGGUUUGUAUUGAACAAACCUUUCCCUGGUUCGUGCCGCAACUCAGAGAUGCCCUGCACCAACGGCAACGUGGAUACCAACUAAGCAACCUGUCAUGUUUUCGUCAUUGGCAUCUAUCAGAUUCCUUCACCUAUCCGGCAGAGCCUUUUUGGCGGGAGUCUUGUGGAAUGUCCGCGCUUUCUGAAGCCCUCGAAUUCACCCUACGUACCAUUGCUCACGGAGCAAUUGGGGACUUUGAUAGGAUUGUUAACGAAGAACUUGUAUUCUGGGAAUAUAGCGGUAGGGAUCGGCUCUUGAACUUCCUCGACCAGUCCUUAAAGCCUUGGGACGAACCCAACCCCGAUGUUCUUACAGAAAUGGGGUGGAGGUACACCGAUGAUCACCUCUGGCCUAAGCUCGAAGCCUGGGGGCCCAAUGAACACCAAACAAAAGAGUAUCAUGCGAAAUUUCGCUUCUCCGCUGCUUCCGCAGCCAUACACUGGCUCAAAAAGGUUCCCGCAAAGAAACGAGUGUGCAUUCGUGGUUUGACGAUCAUCGAGAAUUACCCAGCUGUAGGUCGUCAAGAAAGCCACGCUGCAGGCCUUGUCCCUUUCUGCAAAGAGAAUCCACAAUUGCGUAUCAGCCACCAAGUCAGUAUGCUGAAUGUCAUUUUCUCUCGGGCGUUGCUCCGCCGCGCUACUUCUUUUGCAAGUUUGCAAGCAUACGCAAGGCAUGAGAUUGGAGAAGAAGCCUUUAAGCAGGCAAGCUCUGUAUCAUUUUCUGAGGUAGCAAAUUGGUUAGCAGAUAUUGUAUCUCUACCCAAGGCGGGAAUGCCCGAUGGUUCCUAUACUUUUACCCUAGAUGGUGAACCUAUCCCUCUCAUCUGCUCCAGGAUCUUCCAACACGUUGUGCUUCGCAAGGAGGCCAUGCGAAUCACUAUAGAGCAGUCGCUCCCAUCACUAGAUAGAGCUACUCAGUUGAAUAUGGCCCCCCAGUUGCACCGAGGACAUGGCAACGCAUUUGCCCAACUUAUUGAUAACAACUCAUUCAUCAAAGCCAACUUCGACCCUGGUCAGCUUGAAGACCCAGAGAAAAUGCUUGCUGAGUUUGAAACUGGAGCUCAGCGAUUUUUACAAAACUACAGACGUUUUCAAUUCGACUUCGAGCUUCUUCGCCCACCAUCGGUUUAUAACCUACCAAGGCUGGGAGCACUGGUCAUAGAGAAUUACGAAAUCAGGCCUUGCCAACAACCCCGCGAAACAUAUUGGUUAUACGCGCCACCUCCAGCGGCUGUGCACACAGAGCCAAACGUGUGGAACUAG